GGUAUUUAAUCAUGAAUAUUACUUCUUGUGUGUAGCUCAGCAAUUGGAGAAUGCGGCAUAUAUCACUUUCAACAACAGAUUCAGGUCAAGAUGCCUUGGCAGAGAAAUACCCAUAACGCUUGUGUCACGGAUGGGAUACACUACAUGACGCCUACGAUGUCUAUUUAUAUCUUUACAAAUGGCGUCUGAUCCACCCGAGCCAUACCUCACAGGGAGAACAUCAGCCCUAAAAGUGGAGGAGAUUGUACACAUUCUGAGGAUUCCAGAUGAGAGCAAGGUCAUCCAGACAGCGCCCGCCACACCCCAGGGAGGGGAGGUGUACCUCUACAAGAUAACCUCGUGUAUAAGAGAAGAUAUCUGGAAGGACGACAGAUAUCACUUCAGGAGUGAUGGAACCCGGAAGCAGCCUGCUUCAAGUCCACUCAUAGUGAAGCAGUACCACAAGGCUUACACCAAGGACAAGAUGACAACAAGGGCUUUUGUAAGGGAAGCAUCCUAUCUGUACAGCCAGCCUGUGAAAUACGUCCUUGUGCAGUACAUCGGGGACCACACGCAGGCACAAGCAGCUCCUCAACGUAAGCGGUGUGGUCGACAACCACGUCAUUCCCAUGGUUCCCCUAAAUAUAUGAACGUUGAGUCAACUAAAGGAACUAUGCAGUCGGGUGUUUCGGGAAACACCGAUGCCACCCUGGAACUUGAAGGUCGUUCAUCACCAAAGGAACUUGAGGGAAAAGGAAAUUUAAAUACCGUAACGGUUUCAAGUGUUAUAUGGAAUGAUGCCAACCCCAGAAUACGAACUGUGUCGCGGACAUCUGUCCAUGAAACAGGUAACGAUCAUGACACAAACAAGAAACGCUGCAGGACUAUAGAUAAUAUAUGUGAUGAUGAUGACAUUGAAUAUUUGGUUUCAACAUCAGGCUCCUCGGUCAAGAAACCCCGUUUACUGUCUCGAGCAGGAAGUGACAACACAGUUGUAAGCUAUGGCACUACCACUGACUAUGCUUAUCUGUACAGAUUUCUGGAAAGAGUAGAAAAGAACCGGGAUGUGAUAAAGGUCGUACAACGAAUCCUGGCAUUAUCUAGGUUCUGGAACAAGGAUGCUACCAACAGAAGCAAUCCUUGCUGGACACUCAUAGAAGAGGUAGAGAAGAAGUGGCCUCAAGAUGCAAUAAAAGCAAGGAACUGGGUAAAAUGUUCUGUGAAUACUGACGGUCUGAGCUUCAACAAAUACCGGUUAGUCUACAUAAAGCUCAUAGCUGCAGUGCUUGUUGGAGCGUGUCAUACCAGGACUGAAGUACAGCACUUUGUGAAAACACUGGAUGAUCAUCCAUCACACCUACAGCAUGUGCAGGACUGUACCCUGUCACGUGACUGUACAUACACAGUUGGCUGCUACACCAUCAGAGGAGAUGUUCUGUCUGGCUUGGAAACCAACGAGUGGCUGACCGAUGAAAUCAUGGACACCUACCUGCACCUUCUGGAAAGAGAGUGGUGUUCCCGUGUCAGCUUCCACUGCUUGGUGCUGCCUACAGAGACAGUGAUAUUGUGGGAGGCAGGCCGGUACACAGAGAGGAUAAGGGGGAAAGAUGAGAAUUUGGCAAACUACACGUGGAUCUUGAUGCCAGUGAACAUGCCACAUAAUCAACACUGGGUGCUUCUGGUGGCUAAUGUCAAGGAUGGAACAGUGGGGGUAGUCAAUUCUAAACCAGCUUUAGAUGUGGAGGACUCAGUUGUGACACACUGA